UUCCAACCACUCAAUUUGACGAAUUUUCUACAGGAAGCUUCUGUUUUUCCUUAUUCAUUUCAUCUUGCAAUCCCCCCCACUCGAUCUCGUCAGCAAUUCAUCAACGCCGUAUCUUCAGAUCUAGCAUACGUUGAAGGAGGCUGUGAAUUUCUCAGGCAAGUUGAUCGAGUUAGCUAAUUCGGCAUCUCUCAGGCAAGGGUGGAAUGAAGAAAGUUUUUGAUCAAACUGUCCGUGACAUUAAGAGAGGGGUCAACAAGAAAGUUCUGAAGGUCCCUUCAAUAGAACAGAAGGUUCUCGACGCAACUAGCAAUGAGCCCUGGGGUCCUCAUGGAUCCCUUCUUGCUGAUAUUGCUCAGGCGACUAGAAACUAUCACGAGUAUCAGAUGAUCAUAUCAGUAAUAUGGAAGCGUAUAAAUGAUACUGGAAAAAAUUGGCGGCAUGUCUACAAGGCAUUGAUUGUCUUGGAAUACCUAAUAGCCCAUGGGUCUGAGCGUGUCAUAGAUGAUAUCAAAGAACAUGCAUACCAAAUAUCAACAUUGUCCGAUUUCCAAUACAUUGAUUCCAGUGGAAAAGACCAGGGUAACAAUGUUAGAAAGAAAUCUCAGAGCAUAGUAGCUCUUGUAAAUGAUAAGGAAAGGAUACAAGAGGUUCGUGAGAAGGCUGCUGCUAACAGGGACAAAUUCCGUAGUACUCCUACCGGUGGUAUGUACCAUCCUGGCUCUGGAGGGUAUGGAGACAAAUAUGAUGAUGAUCGAUAUGGAAACCGAGAUGAUGAUAGGAAUGGCUAUGGGAGAGAUAGAGAAUGGGGUUCUAGAGAUGAGGAUAGAUAUGGUCGGUAUGGAGAAUCAUAUGGCCGUGAUGGUGACAGAUAUGGUAGAGAUAAUGAGCAGCGAUUUGGCCGAGAUGGGUACAAGGAUGAUGACUACCAAGAAAGAAGUCAAAGCUAUGAUGAUUAUAAUUAUGGGUCAAGAAGUAGAAGUGCUGAUCAAGAUAGAAAUCCUGCAAAUGAAGUUGAUGUCCAAUAUUCAUCCAGAGGAAGUGGUACAAAAGUUGACGAGCAAGCUCAAGAUGGAAGUACUACCGGUAAGAAGCUUGAAAGUAGAUAUUCUGGGCAAAGUGCUGGUGCACCUCCUAGUUAUGAGGAUGCCAUUACUGGAAACCACAGUCCUUCAUACAAUGAAAGUAGUAGGGAUGGAGAAUCUUCACAAGCAUAUGCCCCAAAAGCUUCCUCCUCCAAAGAUGCUAGCCCAAGCCAUACAACUGCAGCUGCUCCACACCCUAUUCCUGCCUCACCUCCUGCUUUAGCAUCCCCUCCUAAUUUAAUUCAGACUACAGCUCAGCAUAGCAACAGGGAAGUUGAUGGAUUUGAUGAAUUUGAUCCUAGAGGUUCAUUUUCAGCUGCCCCUGCUAUCUCAAAUGGCAUAACUCCUGCCUCAUCUGCUGUGGAAAUGGAUUUGCUGGCUCUCGUGCCUGUUGGGCAGCCUGAUGUUGAAUCUGAAGCUAAACCAAGUGCAGGCUUUACCUCUGGACCCACAUUUGCUGGUGGGCCGCCACCACCAUUGACUAACAAUCAGCCUUUCGAUGAUCCAUUUGGUGAUGGUCCUUUCAGAGCUAUUAGAUCUACUGGUGUACCAACUGACCAUCAGAUCAGUACAUCCUCUAAUUCCUUCUCUGCAAAUUCCAAUCAGAGCCUCAAUGUGCCUGAUUCAGCUCCUCAGAAACCAGCAACUGAAGUUGGGGGUGCAUUGUAUAAUGCAACAGACAUGCCGUCGGGUCCUUUUGGAAUGCCACCCACUUCAGGCACAUCAUUUCCACAACAGGAGUCAUCAACUACCAGCCAAAAUAUUGAUAUAUUAGCAGACAUUCUACCGCCCUCGGCCCCCCAAUCUUUUGUUAAUACACAAACUGGUUACCAAGCCGCACCAAACCAAUCUGUGCCUCACAGCGGAUUUCCACCUCAAACCAAUCAACCCACAAUGCAGCCAUCUCUAACUGGUCAGUAUGCACCCCAAAAUGGUUUUCAAGCACAACCUGGCCAACCUACUGGUUUUCCUCCUCAACAUGGUCAGCCUUCAUUACAAGUGAAUUAUCCUCAACCAACACAGUCUACUCCACAAGCAAGCUUUCCUUCUCAAACCAUGGCCUUAACCCUUUCUGGUCAAGCUGCUCAGGCACCACAUUCAGGUUUUCAUUCUCAAGGUGGUUCUAUGCAGCCAAAUCAGCCAAACUCGAACUUUUAUGGAGCUUACCAAAACCAAUCAAUGGCUGCGGCCCCAUCUGGUGGGUACAUGGUUCCUCCUACUUCCACAGGAGUUGCUACAAAUCAAAAUUUCCUUUCACAAAGUGGUUCUCAAGCUCCACAAGUACAAUCAAGCAGUCUUGUGGCUCCAGUGUCAGUUACUCAAGCUUCAACAGGUUCUUCUGCUGGAGCUCCUAAACCAUCCGCAGACAAGUUUGAGACUAAGUCCACUGUUUGGGCUGACACUUUGAGCCGCGGACUGGUCAAUCUAAAUAUUUCUGGAUCAAAAACAAAUCCACUGGCUGAUAUAGGAGUUGAUUUUGAUGCCCUAAAUCGCAAGGAGAAAAGGAUGGAAAAACAACCAGCAACUACUGUAGCAUCUACAGUUACCAUGGGCAAAGCAAUGGGCUCCGGAUCUGGGAUUGGACGUGCUGGUGCUGGUUCUCUAAGGCCUCAGCCUAACCCAAUGAUGGGUUCUGUUGGGAAUUUUAACAUGGCAGGUGGACCUGGUGGGGGCAUAGGGAUGGGCAUGGGUGGCUAUGGGAGAAGCCAACCGAUUGGGAGAGGGAUGGGGAUGGGACCGGGUGUAGGUAUGAACAUGCCGGGAGCUAUGGGUAUGGGAAUGAACAUAGGUAUGGGCCCGGGGAUGAACACACAACAACCUAUGGGACAUCCUCCUAGAAGUACUGUACCUGGGAGCUACAUUCCGAUGAUGGGAGCUGGAAACUACAGCCAACAACCAUAUGGUGGCUACCGAUGAGCUUAGAACCACUACAUAGAACCAUGGUAAACUGAGGUGAUAUUGCUGGUUUAUUUUAUGGAGAAAAUGAGUCCCCACCCAUAAACGUCAAUUGACAAUCAGAUAUUGCAACCAACAAGUUUAUGUUCACUUGUAACUUUUUAUGUUGGCUGUGUGUAACAUGUGUAUUAAUUCUUUUUGGGGUUCUGUUUUCUAUAUGAUAUAUUUUUAGGUCGCAAUGAGCUACUGUACGUGCCCCAUAGUAAUAUAGUUGUUGCUUAUUGAUCUUGUAUAAUAUCAGUAUUUAGGUUUACCUCUCUCAGGUGGCCAAUUUUUUUGUGA